GAAAGCGAAUUCUUAUCACUUAUCACUCCAUGAUUUCGCGUUAUCAGCUACUUUAGUAGGCACUACAUGGGCCGGUGUUUGACCUGUUGUUCACCGUAGUACGGUACUCGCGGCUUUUUUUUAAUUUUUUUAACUUUCCAACUUCCAACUACUAAAUCUAAACUUAGUUAAAUUAUGCCAAUAAUUAUUUUGAGGAACUAUAUUUAUAUUUAUUGACUGUUUAUUAUUACAUAAUUUGUUUUGUCUAGACAAUUAACAUUUGAAAAAUAAAAUAUGUUAGAAUAUCCUACAUUUAAAAAUUAUUCUCGUAAAUUGAUGACAUUAACAUUAAUAUUUAAAAAUGAUGAGAUCUUAUUGGGUAUGAAAAAUCGUGGCAUGGGAAAAGGUAAAUGGAAUGGUUUUGGUGGCAAAGUAGAACCCAAUGAAACAAUUGAUGAUGCUGCUAAACGUGAAGUAAAAGAAGAAUGUGGAUUGGAUGUCAUAUCUAUGGAAAAAAUUGGUAUUAUAGAUUUUGAAUAUGUUGGAUCAAAAGAAAUAUUGGAAGGGCAUAUAUAUUUUUGUAAUCUAUUUGAAGGUGACAUAAUUGAAUCUGAUGAAAUGGCGCCAAUAAAAUGGUUCAAAAUUAAAGACUCUCCAUGUGAUACCAUGUGGAUUGAUCAUAAAUUUUGGUUUCCUAUGAUAUUGAAACAAAUUCCAUUUAAAGCACAUUUCAAGUAUUUAAAUGAUGAUACAAUGUUAGAUAGUACCAUUAUAUUACAAAAUACUGUCAAUAAGACCAAAGAAACUUGGGUUAAUGUUGUUGUUAAAAAAUAUAACCAAAUACUUGUUUGUAAACAUGUUGAUGAAUCAGAAUACAUAAAUAAGCAUAAAAGAGUUAUGACAGAAGAGUCUAUUGAAAAUGCAGCUUUAAGAUAUUUAAAAAGUCAGUAUGAAAUAACUACAGAGGAAGUACAAAAAAUAGCUGUUGUUAAUAUUGAACUUCUUGAUAAGCCAUAUAUUCAAGAAAUUCAUUUUUUUGUUUUAGAUGUUGAAUCAACAAAUGCUACAUUAACUAAUAAUUAUCAAUGGUUUGAUAUAAAAAACAUACAAGCUCAGAAAUUAUGGCCAGAUGAUAAGUUUUUGUCAACCUUAUUUAUGAUGAAACCAUUUAAUGCAUAUUUUCUAAUUGACAAUGAUAAUGUAUUAUGCAGCAAAUAUAACGACAAUUAAUAAAUUCAUUCAAAAUUUCAUGAAGUGAGAUAGAAUUUUAACUGUAAAUGGACAACAUUUCGAAUACUUUAAAUCUAUUCUAAUAAAACUAUAAAAGGAAAAAAAUUGUACAUUUUACAUGAAAUAAAUAAAUAUUUUACUUCAGAAAUCA